AUGGCUUCUCUCCCAGAAGUGCUCAGGCCACAGCAGUCUGCAAGGGAGAAGGUGUGCUGCUGGAGAUACCACAUCCUGUCCCCUUCAGAUAGCUCCAAGGGUGUGUGGAUGGUGCUUCUUGUUGGAAUCGGCUGCGCGGUGGAAAGCGUGAGCUGCCCGAAGGGAUGCACUUGCCAGUAUCUGGCUGUGAACUGCACGGGGAAGCAUCUGGAAGAGUUUCCAGCCGUCAUCCCCCUGGACACCCGGCAGCUGAUUUUGGCGCAAAACAAGCUCGGCUAUCUGCCGUCAGUGGACCUGAACUUCCUCAGCGACUUGAUCUACCUCGAUUGCAGUGGCAACGUGCUAGGGGAGGACUUGGACUUCAGCUUUGUCAGCAUCGUCAAGUUGGUCUACUUGGACCUCAGCUUCAACAACCUCACACAAGUCACGUUUGGGACCUUUUCCCAGCUCGGUAGCCUGGUGGUGCUGAAACUCUCAGAUAACCCCAGCCUGGUGGAGAUUGAGAAGGACUCCUUUGCCAACAACACUUGGCUGAGGCACCUGGAUGUCAGCCGUUGCAGCUUGACAUUCAUUGACACAAGCACUCUCCGGGACCUGCCCAAUUUGAGAAGCCUCGGCUUGAGUGGGAAUCCCUGGUUUUGCAACUGCUCCUUUGUGGAACUGUUCACCUGGAUGAAAGAGAGCGAAGUAACUUUUCUAGACUCAGACAACACCACCUGCUACAGCCCGGCUUUCAUGCAUGGCUUCAGCAUGCUGGAAAAGGGCCCGGAACAGCUCCAUUACAAGUGCUAUAUCCAUUUCGAAGACCGAGAUUAUCUCUUCCUGGGCCUGAUCGGCCUCUGCAUCUUCUCGGCUGGCACAGUGUCGGCCUGGCUCCUGGGGGUCUGCGCAGUCAUAUAUGAAUUCUUGACCGCCACUGAUGAGGAUGAGGAAGACGAAGAGGAUGAGGAAAGAGGCCACUAG